GAGAGAGUGGUCACUUCUCUCACCAGGACUGUAGUUUGCAGCCUCUCAGGAAAAUUUUUAAAAAAUCAGGGCAGCGGUGAGGUAGAGGAGGAGCCCACCGUCCAUCUCUACACCCUUGCAGAGAUUCAGUCUGGGGUCCAGGCACACACCAGCAUCCCCUCUGCCAUCCUCAGAGCCCCCAACCCGGACCCCUGUCUCUGGGAGGUUCUGAGCCAAAGGGGGGGGUCUGUGGCCUGUGGGGUGGGGUGGGGUGGAGACACCUGCCCCAGAGCCACCCGUGUGACACAGGAGCCCUCUGUCAACCCAACAAGGCCGAGGAAGGGAAGACCCAGGGCCCCCCCCCGCCCCUUGCCAGCCAGCACUGCUCGUGACACAAGGUGCUCAUGAACGCCGAGGCUCUGCUACCUUACCACACAGCCCACAGUGCUUCCGGGGUGGGCAUGUUCAACACCACCAUGGGGAAACUACAGAGACAACUGCACAAGGGAGAAUAUGACAUAUUCAAGUACGCACCUAUUUUUGAAAGCGACUUUAUCCAGAUUACCAAAAGGGGAGAAGUCAUUGAUGUGCACAACCGAGUCAGAAUGGUGACCGUGGGCGUCGCAUCCACCAGCCCCAUCCUCCCGCUCCCUGACGUCAUGCUGCUGGCCCGCCCGGCCACCGGCUGUGAAGAGCAUGCCGGGCGGGGCCAGGCCACCAAGGGAAAAGGCCGCAAGGCUUCAAAGACCUUAGAGCUCACCAGGCUCCUUCCCUUGAAGUUUGUGAGGAUCUCCAUUCACGACCGUGAGAAACAACAGCUGCGCCUCAAGUUCGCCACGGGCCGCUCGUGCUACCUGCAGCUGAGUCCCCCUCUGAACGCGCGGGAAGACCUCUUUGCCUACUGGGAAAAGCUCAUCUACCUCCUCCGGCCGCCAGUGGACAGUCACAGCAAUACCUACGCCAUUCCAGCCGAGGACAUGCUGUGCAUGCCUGUGUUUGAGGAAGAGGACCGGAGGAGCCCAGCGGGGGCAGAUUUCCAAGGAAAAGGGGAUCAGGACCAGGUCAGCAUCAGGAGCCUCCACGUGGUCUCGGAGGUGGCCGGCGCCACCUCUGCAGCUUUUGCUGGCGGGGAGCGGACCCAUCAGGACUCCCACAAACCCAACACCCUGCCCGACGUAGCCGCCCCAAACACAAAAGCGACAGGGCUCGACAAGGAGUCGGCAGCAGGGGCCACGACAGAGGCAGCGGCGGGGGAAGCCGCGGGGGCGGCGGCAGUGGUGGCCGCAGGGACAGCAACAGGGUUCGCAGCGGGGGUCGCAGCGGGCGCCACAGCAGGCGCUUUGAGCGUGGCGAUUACCAGGUCUGGGGCCCCUGAACAGCUAAGCACGGCCGUAGCCGGGGCAGCCACCCAGCGUCCAGGAGGCGGCAAAGCGAACCUCGCCAUUGCGGGCGCUGCCAACAUGUCCCCGAGGAGCGUGAACGUGGCCUUGGCAGGUACCGGAAAGACCCCAGGGUUUACUUCCGACUCGUCCAACGGUCUCCCAGAGGACAGCGUGUCCCUGGCGUUCGCCGGGACAAGAGCUGCCGGCAAGGCUGCGGGAGAAGCCGCUCUGGACGUAGCCGAAGGAGCGCUCCUCUCGGACGCGCCGAGCGCGGGCGGCCCGGGCGGGCAGGCGGGAAGGCAGCCCCCGAAGGGCCGGAGGGAGCGGAGGGAGCACCGGGAAAAGGAGCGAGCCCGCCGGAGCUCCCGUCGCCGCAGGGCCGCCGAGAGCCGCCACAAGGCCCAGGGGGACAAGAUCACCCGGAAAGCCUCCAGCCGGUCCAUAGCGGUCCACAGAGCCGCGCGCGAGGACAAGAAGGAGAAGGGCCGUGGCAGCCCGGGGGGCGGCAGACGCGCCCCCCACAAACGCAUCAGCCACGCCCCCAUCGCCAAGGAGUCCAGAACCUCCCACAAACCGGGGCGGAGCUUAUCCACCCCCAGCUCGGGCUCCGAGACCAAGAGGCUCAGCAGGAUCAGCUCCUUCCUGAGGAACGUCAAAGCCAACCUUAUUACAAGAACCAUGGCCUCCCCACGGGGCAGAGACGUGGACAUGUUGCCGAAGACCGUGGACAGGAGCGGUAUGGAGGCCAUCAUCGAGGCCGCAGAGAGCGGCCAGUGCUUGGAGAGCGCGGGGAGCGGGACAUCUGACAUCAUGGAGAUGGUGACCUUCGAAGCCCAUUAGUAGGACCCAGAGCUUUCGGCAGCUGCAAAGGGGACCGGGCUCAGGGACGUAUCCCCGGAGACUCCAUUCCAGCUUUCCUCACUGCAGUUGAAAUAAAAAAACAUACAAUCUGA